CGUUCUGGUGGUGGCGCUCUUGGCCACAACCGCAGCGUUAGAACCUCGGGAGGCAGAUGAAGAGGAACCACCGAGGAAACAGCACCCUCCUGGAUCCGAGAGGCCCGGGACUGAGGCCGCUGCCUCCGGAACCACGUCCCUCUGGCCCUGGGGUCGGGGCAUGACGUGAGUGUCACUGGGACUCAGACCCGGUCUAAGGUCCUGUCCCCUGGGACUUGGGUCCUGGAUUCUCUGGUCGCUAGGAAUGUUUUACUGCUAACCACCCUUGAGUUGAGACAUCCCCGCUCCUCCUGCGCACUGCAGCAUGGUUCAGGCGUCUUAGCGCCCUGCUCGGCUUUACCUGGGAGAAUCUUCUAAGCAUCUCGGCUUUGCUAGUCCCCACAGAGAUCUGAGUGGGAUGAAACUGCAGCUGGUCAUUCCAUCAGAGUCCUGAGAGGAUAAGGAGGCUGGUGGUACACCCUGGUCUCUAGGAGAAAAAGAGUUCAUUCAUCUCCUGUAAUUUCUAUACAAUACCAUAGUUAACAUGCCAAGGAGAUUUGCAUUACUAAAGGAGACCAAAGCACUGGGGGCUUCACAAAUAAUUAUUGGGUUCAUUCACUCGGCGCUGGGAAUUCUCUGGAUCUCUUUGUUUUUUUUGGAAGAACAGGAACACAGUACUGGUCCUGUCUCUAUGCUUAUGUUAACAAUUUAUUCAUUCGCAUCAGGAGUAUUUUUCCUCUUUUCUGGAUCAUGCAGUGUAAUUCAGAGCAAUCCUACAACAAAUAAGCUUACUGUUGCAAUGGUAAUGAACAUCGUAAGUCUCUUUGUGGCUGUCAUUGGUUUGAUCAUAGAAUGCAUUCAGGUUGCAAUAUUUGAGCCAAAAGGAAUUCAAUACAUUUGGUCACAUAUGGCUGGCAUGAUGCUUCUACAAUUUUUAUUCCUAACCACCGCGGCAGAACUGGUCCUCUCAAUCAUAAGUCUCAAUGUGAUCAGGAAAGCAUUUGAACGUGAAAUCAUUGAAUGAGUCCCCCAGCUUCAGGAAUCCCUGUUGGAAAACACUGUCUCCUCAAAGUCCAGUGGACCACUGUGACUCCUGUCAAAAACAAGAUGGUGAAUCAGAGAAGAAUACUGUCAUUUCUUUUUCAAGAUGCUUCAUGGAAAAAACCAACAUUCUAAUAAUGUCCUUUCCAGUUCCUGGUUCCUCAAUAAAGGAUAUACGUUGCCUGCAA